AUGAAGCUCAAUAUAGCCCUUAUAUAUGUUUUUAUUAACUUAUCUCUCAUAAACUUUUGCUCUGGAGAUAACCCAGAGAGCGACUCGAAUGUUCCAGAUGAAGAAACCAAAGUUCAGGGAGAUGAGGAUGAAAACAAGUUGGUCGAAUUGGGGGAUGAAUUAGAAGAUGACAAAAGGGCACUUGAAAACAAUGUUGAAGAAGUUGAUGGAGCGGAUGAACGCCAAUUAAAAGCGAAACGAAGUAAGAAAAAUACAAACAAGGGUUUGAGGAGGAGUAAAGCCAUCAAAAAAGGGAAAAAACCGAAACAAAAGAAAGGAGCUAAACGAACAAAAAAGUCAAAACCAAAAAAGAAGAACAAGAAAAAUAAGAAAAGCAAGAAAAACAAAAAUAAAAAAAGCAAAAAUUUAAAGACCGAUCCACCUAUAGAUCCUGAAAAUGAGAAAGCAACUGAAGAAAAGAAUGAUCCAGAGUUAGAUGCGGAGGAAAACCCCGUGUUACCAGAGUUAGAUACCGAUGAAACCUCCUUACCAGAAUUAACUGAUGAGGAAAUUUUAGAUACGCAACUUGAUAACUCACUAGAUAAAACUAAGCGGUACUGGGACUCAGAAAUUCUUGAGCCUCAACACGUGAUAAACGAGUGGCUUGCAAUUUCUGACGGGAAGAAGUACGACUCUAAAUCUGCAGGGAAAUUCCCCUUCUCAACUGAUGAUGAAAAUGAUUAUGACCGAUACUAUUUGUCUCAGAAGUUGAAGAAAUCAAGGAGCUCACACAACAAAUAUGCUUCUGGAUCUAAGUUCAAGUCUGAGGAAGGACUGAAUACGAAUUACGUGAUGCCUGUGAUUAUAGAUGGCGAAUUACUCAGAUUGACACAUCCAGACACCAGAGAGGAUGAGUUGGAAAAUAUGAUAAUAAAUAAAAAAUUUAAGCAAAAUUACGGAAAUCAGAUACCAAACCAAGGCACAAUGCCUGAUGAAAUGGAAUCUGGUAGUGGAAGUUAUGACUUACAAGAGUCUCAGGAAUCAUAUUCUCCUGAAUCUAUGGGAACGUACUCAAAAUUAGAUCCUGAAAAAUAUGAAAGUAAUUACGGAGAAACGAUUCCAAAUGAGGAUGCCGAAAGAUCAGUUGAUUACGAGAAUAAUUUAGGAACUCAGGGGUCUGGAAAUAUAGGGGAUAAUGCGGAAAUGACUGAGUCAGAUAUGUCAGAGUUCGUAAGUGGACAGGAAGACCAAUUGAAUGGUCUUGAUAGUAUAAACCAAGGGGAUCAAACUGAAAAUGAUUCAGAGUGGCCCUUUGCAGAUAUGGACGUGUUUGAUGAACAAGAAGGUGAUGAGGGUAUAAAUACUUCAUCUAAAAAGGAUUGUAAGAAAAUGAUAAAAGAAGUUAAAAAAAGUUACGAAACAAAGCUUAAACAAAUCAAGAAGUUAGCUUCUCGUUAG